UCUGGUUGUCUCUCUAUAAAUCUCAGCUCUCGAGUAUCUCCAUCGUCCUCGCGUAGACAUGGCACUGACUGGAACUGCAGAUGACAGCAAAGGCAAGAACACCAAGUGCAAGCUACUCACAAAGGAUUCGAUGGAGAAGAUGGUAAGGCUUCCAGUUAAGCUGUGGCUGAGUGCACUGGAAGUGGGAAGAGAGGACCCAAGACGGCUUAUCCAUGCCCUCAAGGUGGGCGUCGCAUUGACACUCGUCUCCUUAUUGUACCUCUUGGAACCACUGUUCGAAGGAGUCGGACGGAAUGCGAUGUGGGCCGUGAUGACUGUGGUUGUGGUGCUCGAAUUCACUGCAGGUGCAACUCUGUGCAAGGGAGUAAACAGAGGAAUUGGGACACUGUGUGCGGCAUCUCUUGCAUUUGUGAUCGAGUUCAUGGCAGAAAAGUCAGGCAGAGCUUGUCGCGGCGUUUUCAUAGGAGUAUCUGUGUUUUUAGUCGGAUUCUUCGCGACGUACUUGAGAUUUGUCCCUUACAUAAAGAGGAACUACGAUUAUGGAGUGGUGAUCUUUCUGCUGACCUUCAACCUGAUAACGGUGUCGAGUUACCGCGUGCAGAACGUGUUGCGGUUGACUCGCGAUCGCCUAACCACCAUUGCCAUCGGCUGCGGCAUUUGCCUCUUUAUGAGCCUCCUCGUUCUACCCAAGUGGUCCGGUGAAGACCUGCACAAUUCCACAGUCUACAAGCUUGAAAUGUUAGCGAGAUCCAUCGAAGCUUGUGUGAACGAGUACUUCCGGGAUCAAACUCAAGAUGACGGCAAGUCAUCGAAGGACCAAAUAUACAAGGGAUGCAGAGCGGUGUUGGACUCCAAAUCCAGUGAUGAGUCUCUCGUAAGUGGUGGAUUCCUCCAAGUUUUGAUCUAUAUGCUGAUGUGGUUUUGUUUAUGGAUCAAAUGCGAAGAUGAUGAUGAUGAGCAUUCUCAGGCACUCUUCGGAAGCUGGGAGCCGAGGCACUCCAGACACUGCUACAGCUUUCCAUGGCAACAGUACGUGAAGCUUGGUGCUGUUCUGAGACAUUUCGGGUACACAGCCGUAGCACUUCAUGGAUGUUUGGAAUCAGAAAUCCAGACUCCACUAUCUGUAAGAUUGCUCUUUCGAGACCCGUGCAGCCGCGUCGCUGGUGAGGUGUGCAAGGUGUUCGAUGAGCUCGCGCGGAGCAUAAGAAACCGCCGUCACUGCUCUCCCAAUGUGCUCUCCGACCACCUUCACGAGGCGCUGCAAGACCUGAAUUCCGCCAUCAGGUCCCAACCGCGUCUCUUCCUUGGCUCCAAGAAAGCCCGUCCCGCCGCAAAUGAGCGCGCGGAGGAUUGGAGACCCCAAAAAAACACAUCUUCUGGUGUAGCUCUGCCUUCGGCCAUGUCUGAUAUCACAUCACUGCAGGAAUGGAGGGGCAAAAGGGUAGAGUCAACUGAGAGGAAGGUCUUGAGGCCAACCCUGAGCAGAAUAGCAAUAACUAGCCUUGAAUUCUCGGAGGCACUGCCAUUUGCAGCGUUUGCCUCGUUGCUCGUGGAGAUGGUGGCCAGGUUGGAGCUUGUCAUUGAGGAGGUGGAAGAACUCGGCAGGGCAGCAAAUUUCAAGGAGUUCUCUCAGGCGGAUGAAAUCGCCAUCGAAAUGGGAUUUGAUGACAAGAAGCCAUGCGUGAAUGGCAAAGAUUUCCAGAGCCAUGUGGUACACCAAGCAGCAGAGUGAACGGAGACUGGCUUCCAUGUCAUGUUAAGUAUUUUUACUGCACUUGUCCGGGAACGAGAAUACAGCAGCUUCCAUAUCACGGUGUCUACACAAGUGCAUGAUCAUAUCAUAACAACAGUGUAUCCGUUGUUAAGAGUUUGUUCUCGUUCGAUGACGUUGGUAGGCGUUGCUGUCGUCCAAUAAAAUUGCUAUUGAAGCUUGAACAA